UUUUUAAAUUGACAAUACCUGGAUUUAAAAAUAAAAUAAAAUAAAGUAUAGGGGACAAAACAGUCAAACACAAUUGAUCAAACAAGCAAGCACAAUUCACAGCAACAAUUAGCAGUUGGUUUGGUAAAAACAAAAAAAACAAAAAAUAUUGUAUGGAAAGUUAUGAAGGAGGAGGAGGAGAUUCAUAUAAUCCAAACCCAGAUGGGAUAUCCACGGAUCUUUUCGUCUCCAAGACCAAAUCUUGUUUGAAUUCUAAUAAUAAUAAAAAUAAAGUAGUGAGUGGUGGUUUGUGUAUCAAAUUCACAGAUUCUGUUGGUAAUUUGGUCUUCUCUGUCCGCCCUCCUCCUCCUCCUUGUCGAUCGCAUUCGCAACGUCUCGUUUCCGAUUCUUCUGGGAAUCCCCUCAUUUCCAUUGCUCAUAAUCAGAAAGCAAUUUGGCAGGGUUUUGCUAAGGAUGGUAAGGAUCUGAUAUUCAAGGUGGAGAGGACAACAAAUACACUUACUAAAGUCGAGUUUCAAGUGUUUCUAAACAAUGAUGAGUCUACUUUUAAAAUGAGAGGUUCUCCCUUCCAUAGAUCAUGUACCAUUUAUAAUGGAGACUCCGUGGUAGCACAGACCAGUCUUAUGUACAAGCUUGGAAUCCAGAAGGUACUUGUCCCAAGAAAUAGGUUUCGAUUAACCAUAUUCCCUGGAUAUGCAGAUCAUGCUUUCAUUGUUGCUUUGACUGCUAUAUUUUUCUAUGGUCGAAAAUUAUGGAUCUAAUACCAAUUUCUUUUGACAUAUAUAUGCGUACAAUAUUCAUCCUGCAAAUGUAUAUUUUCUUGAUUCUUUGUAUUGUGA